ACAACAAUCAACAUGGAUCUCGAAUCACAGUUUCUGAGUUUAUCGACAAAAUUUCUGUUUAUCAACUGCGGCGGUCAGUCCAGCGACUAUCGGAACGAGUUGAACACACUUCUUAACGAGUUGAAUGGAUUGGACUACAAAAAUCAACAGAUUUCAGACGUCAGGGCACCGGUUCGGCUGGUGGAGUCCUUCGUCAAUAUUCCAACGAACGAGGAUACACUGAUCGUGAAGGCAUGCUGCCUGACGAAGACGCUGAUCAUUAGGCAAAAGAUCACGAUUCCGGUCAAUGUGGCGACGGUGCAGAUCGGGUGGUUGCUCAAGUGCUUGGAACGGUGCUUCUAUCAGGUGGUAUGUGAAGUGCUGGGAACGUUGCAGGUCUUGCUGAAACAUUGCGGUGAACAUGUGGGGCUGUUUGGGGAGUUUUUGGUGUCGAGCAAUGGAGUGCUGGUGAAUCUGCUCGCGGACCCGGACUACAGAAAGGUGGAUAGAAGUAGGACGUACGAUAGUAGUUCGCCAGGUGAAAUCUACCUUGCGACGAUGCUUUGCCUAGAAGCGUUUCUAGUUUCCUGUGAGGGAAAUCCAGCGAUGGAAAUGUAUCUCCCCGUGAUAGGCGAUGCUAUAGUAUCGUUGACGUUCCGGGUGAAAAGUGAUUGGUUGCCGGAAGUUUCCUUCUAUAGCUUGAUGAUAUCGGCUUUGAACUGCUUGAGAUUGGUUUCGACUCAGCAAGAAGAUUGGCUCCGUGAGCACCUGGGCAAGUUACUGGGUGUAUCAAAGGCGUACAUCAUGUAUGGAAUUCCCGGAAUAAAUCAACUGGCGCCACAGAAGAUUAUGGUUUCACAGCAGGGCGUUCCGGAGCCGCAGCAUAUUCCCAUCAACAAGGGUGGAAAGGUUCCCAAGACGAGGAAAACACGGACGAUUGGCAAAGGGAAAGGUAGUAAGGGUGACACUAGGAAGGCAGCAACCAAAACUGGGUCCAUCUGGGACGAAAACAGUCGGCAACCGUACUCGGAACAGAGCAUCGAGUUGGACAUGCCAACGUUGGUACCUACUAUUAGCAGUUCCUACCGCACUAGCGAUUCGGACUUCUCCGAAAGUGAAACUUCUCGGGCUCAAAUCGAUCGUCACAAGCUAUCCAAACUGCGACUGUCCGCUCUCACACUGAUCAGUACCGUCGCUCAAACAGUAGAGAAGAAAGUUAUGUUCGGCUAUUGGCAUGCUCUAUUUCCCGACGAAAGCCGAACACCAGCGACCGUCUCUCUGUUGAACUGUGUCCUGAAGGACCCCUCUCCAAAAUGCAGGAUAGCGGCCAUUCAGGCAAUAUCGUUCUUGCUGUACAAAUCGAAACCGUUCCUCAUUCAAGCGGAAAGCAGCAAAAAAUGCUCCGUUUCUUUCACUCCAUUCUCGGUCGCUCUGGGGAACAUGAUCACCGAAAUGUACCAAAUGAUCACCCAGGCCCUUGCGGACGAAAGCGAUUACUCCGUCCUAACGCAGAUUCUAAAAUGCCUAACGGUGUUUAUCCAAGCCACCCCGUUCCACCGACUGCAGCGUGGCAUCGUAACGAAGUUUGUCCGAUUUGUCCGAAUACUGACGAGGCACAAGGAUCCUACCAUCAAAGUUGGCGCCCUGAUGGUGAUGGGCUUCCUCAUAUCGGUCAGUGAAAUAACAUCGGAGAUUUCCGAGAUCGUCGGAAUCCCGAAGACCGAAAUUACCAACAAGAGUAGCGAGACAAGGAAGAAGAACAACACCGAAGCUUUGAGCGUCCAAUUCGAUGACGAGGAGGAAGAGUUGAUGCAAUCUGACGAAGAACUGGAACCAUCAGCUCAACUGGAAACUCCGGACGGUGACGGCUCGACCUCAAAUGCCCCGAAGAUAUCCUGGUUGCUACAGAUAGCCAUGGAAAACCUAGGCGUAACAAUCAAUGAGCACAAGGUCGCCACUCCGUCGGUGGUGAUGCCCGUCCGUAUGGAGUGUCUUCAGGUGCUGUCGGCAAUGACUUCGCACUAUUCGCUGCUGGCCGAGCAUCUGGCGCUGGUGUCCGUUGCGUUGAAGAACUCCUUCAACGACGCCAUCCCGGAGAUUAAACUGUACUCGGGGCGGGUUCUGGAUUUGCUGGGACAUGCCAUCAACACUUCGCUGCUGCUGAAAGUAACGAUCGACCAGGACGAGCUGAACGCUUCGGUAGACUUCUGGGUGACCAUGCUACCGAUCGUUACCGAGCAGAUCCAGGACAUUCAGCAGAACGCUUCCCUGCGCGGCAUCUGCUGCGAUGCAUUGGGUAACUUGGGAGUGCACGUGUUCGAAAAGCUUCCUCGCGAUCGACAGAUAGUCCUCGUUUCACUGCUAACCGGUUGCACCUUCGACGAGGACAGUGGCGUAAGUUCGGCAGCCGUUCGGGCUCUUUCCGUGUACAUUCUGUUUCCAUCGCUGAGGGACAACAUUUGCUACAUUGAGAACACUAUCGAUGCUAUACUGAGGAUUUUGAAAGAUCCGAACGUGGCCGCUAGAGUCAAAGCCAGUUGGUCUUUGGGAAACAUUACGGACGCGUUGGUGUUGAACAAUAGCGAUCCGAAUGUGGAGAAGGUCAGUAACGACAUGCUGAAAAGAAUAUUGGAAGAAGCUAUCGCGGCGGCCGGAGAUAAUGAUAAGGUCCGUUGCAACUCGGUACGUACGGUUGGAAAUGUUCUACGGAUGCUGAAGGUGGAGCAUUUCUCGCAACCUGUUUGGGUUGACUUGUGCCAGAAAUCGGUGGAAAAGCUAGUCCAGAAUAUUAUCAGCUCGAACAACGUAAAGGUCAAGUGGAAUGCAUGCUACGCGAUUGGGAAUGUGAUGCGAAACGAGCUGAUGUUCAACGAGGGAAGCAGGAUCGAUUGGCAGAAGCAGUUGUUCCCCGCUCUUUGUCAGAUAGUGAUCAAUUCAAACAAUUUCAAGGUGCGGAUCAAUGCAGCGGCUGCUCUUUCGGUGAUAGACAGUCGAUCAAAUUACGGCAGUUAUUUCGUGGAAGUGUGGAGCUCGCUUCUGAAGGCCUUGGAACAGUCGGACAAUUUGGUCGACUACAACGAAUACAAGCAUCGAGAUAACCUUCAGGAACAGUUGUGCCUUUCGUUGUCGCAUUUCCUCCUUCUGGCUUCAAAGGAAGAUCUACCGGCGAUGGCCAAUAAACUGCUGCCGCUGUUUGAUGCGGUCAAGCAAAACUGGGAUCGUGUUGUGAAUAGGAUACUGCCGGAGAAGUCGGCGAGACUUAUGGAGGUGCACGUGAAGUUAACCGAGCUGCAGGCUGUUGUUAAACAUCCUGAGCUAAGACGGGCCGUGGAGAUGAUUUUGAGUUGCUUCCACAAUGGAGGGCAUGGUUUCUAGAUUUUAUGGUGAGUCAUAGUUUAUGAGUAACUCGUUAUUUAUUAUCUGUAUGGAUAUGAUUUACUUCCACGUACGUAUCACAGCAUUGUGACGCAAAUAUACCCUUUU